CCGGAGUUGGGAGCCCAGUAUGCACGGGUCAGAUCGCGUUGGGGGGAACAGCGUCGCGUACGCACAGUGAGCCUCCGGCGCCGACCGCGACAACGUCCAGACAUGGAGCUAAAGCGAGCGAUCGCAUAGUACCGCUAGCGUAAACCUAUCAACAGUGACCUCUAUUUCUAAUAGGUACUAAUGAUGACUGAAAAUUCGUGAUCAAAGAAAAUCUGUGAGUGUUUAACACAAGUGAUACAAGGAGUGCGUGUGUUACAGGAUUUAAAAGUACAGGAUUGUGUAAAAAUGGAGAAUCGAAGAAGGCUACGUGUUAAGCCGUGGAAAGUAACGGUACUAUUCGUCACACUGAUCGCACACGUCCAGGGGCAGUGUCCGUGGAAGGAAUCACCAGCCUUGCAGGAAGCAUGCGUGUGUGCUUACAAUUUAGCUCGUCAAUUGUCUGUACAAUGCGAUCAGGUGAACUUUUCAACAUUAUUAUUCGCUCUUAAUUCAAAUGCUCGCAAAAUCACUAUAGAUCUCUUAUAUAUAAAUAACUCAACAGUAGUAGAACUCACAGAUGAUCUAUUUAUUAAUCUUGCUAUACAUAACCUACAAAUGUCAAGUUCUAAAAUAAGGAAAGUUCAAGAUCAUGCAUUUCGAGGACAAGGGCAAUUUUUAAAGAAUCUCAAUUUACAAGAUAACGAACUAACUGAAGUACCUACGAAAGCCCUGAGCAUUUUAACUAGCCUUUCUCUACUGGAUAUAUCAAAAAAUCGCAUAUCAUAUAUUGAAAAUAACGCAUUUGUUUCUCUACAAGAGCUCACUACUCUAAAAGUUUCAGAUAAUAAUGUAACACUUGCGCCAUAUGCACUGGUGGGCUUAGAAAACUCUUUGAAAAAUCUAAAUUUAAAAGGCACUAAACAAAAAUCUGUACCAGAAUGUAUCCGUGGUCUGAGAAGUCUAGCAUUUCUCGAUCUGUCUCAAAAUAGCAUAAGGGAAUUACCAGGACCUGACGGUUCUAAAACCUUCGAAGGCUUAGAAUCACUGACGGCACUGAAUCUUGAAAGGAACUUGCUAGUUAACUUAAGAAAAGAUGCCUUUGCAGGUGUUAAAAGUACAUUGAGCUCACUUAGUCUUCUUAACAACCUGUUACCUGAAUUUCCCACGGAGGCUAUUGCCUCUUUAACUGAGUUGAGGGUUUUAGACAUUGGAUUUAAUUUGUUAAACAAAGUACCGACUGAUGCAUUUUUAAACAAUCCUUCUAUAACUUUAUUAGCUCUUGAUGGAAAUCCUAUACCAACAGUACCUGAGAAAGCUUUAGCGCAUUUAAAUCUUACUCUACGCGGACUUAGUUUAGGCGGACGCUUCUUGAACUGUGAUUGUCGCCUGCGCUGGAUAAUUGAAUGGAUUCGCAAUGGAGAACUGCAAGUCACAUCUCGCGAGAGAAAUCCCCAAUUUUGCGGUAAUCCACCGCACUUUCGUGAACGCGGUUUUUAUAGUUUUGAGCCUAAUGAGCUUGUUUGUGAGCAUAGUUUACCUGAAGUCACAGAUUCUCAACCAACUACUAGUAAAAAAAUUAAUGAAUGGAAUACAAAUCAUACAACUACUUCCUCGUCUACAACAACGGCAACUGCUCCGACCACUACGACAUCAACCACUACUGAAAUCAUAAACAUCUAUAAUGAAACUUCCACUCAACUCUUUUCUCUUACAACUCCAACGACAACAUCUACAAAAUCUACUACUAGAAUACCUCCGGUACGACCAGCAGCGCCUACCUGGCGCCAUGCUCCAAAUCAACGACCACCUGUUGUAAUGAACUUCCCACAACAAAAACCUAAGAUUGAUGACUCAAAUGAAGUAAUUGUUAAGAACGCAUACAGACAAGAUAAUUCAGUUAUUAUCCAGUGGGAUUCUGAUGUUGCAAAUAUUUUAGGCUUUCGAGUAGUAUAUAGAUUAUUCGGUGACAAAAGUUUUAAACAAGGGCCACCUCUUGAAGCUAGUGAAAGAGAAUUCAAAAUAAAAAAUGUUCCAUCCCAGGAGUGUAUCGUCGUUUGCGUGAUUUCCUUAGAGGAAGUGCACGUCAGUCCGGAGACGGUACCGUAUUCGCAAUGCAGAGAAGUUCGUACAGUUUCAGCUUCGGCGACAAAUAUGGACAAGAUUACGAUAGCAGCUAGUGCCGCAAUUUGCGGAACCAUCGUCGUAGCUGUACUUAUUUUUGCAGCUGCAUCACGCAGGCGAUCAAGAACUAUCCACCGUCUGCACACGCAACCGCCUGAGAAACUACCGAAUCCAUGCUGUGGUGGACUUACUGGAACACCAAGUCCCAAUGGUCCUCUGUCUUCGCUAACUACGCUUGGUGCGUUUGGAAAGCAGCGUGAGUGGGACCAGGUGUCGGCUUAUAGUGCACGAUCUAUUCCGCGUGCACGUUCUUUUACUGAACCGGCUGCUCCAGAUCCUUUACAAGGCCGACCGGGACGCGCGCGUUCUCUGGCUGAUGGCCAAUCACAGCACAGUUAUUCACAUUCUGGCCGCUAUGGCGCGCCUGGAUAUCCUGGGAGCUUGUUAGGAUCGAGAACCGAUCUUCGACAAUCGCGUCAAUCAUUGGGAGCUGCAUCAGAACGAGCAUCUCGUUUGUCACUAAGCGGAGCUGCUGGCGGAGUGACAAGUGGCACGGCUGGGUCUAGAAGAAGACCUAGAUCGCGAUCACGACCAGCGAGUCGCUACAGCGUCGGCUCAAUCGGAUUAGGCUAUUGCGAUACAUCUGAUAACUGGACAGAUCAUGAUAUGGACAUUUAUAUGGCACGGAACCCAACAACCAGAGGCGGUCUUGUACCUUUAUAGCGAACGAAAAAGACGGUAUUGGGCGAAAUGAGGCGGCACGAACGUUAUUUGCCAUCACGAACAGUACAUAAGUACUGUAUAUCGUCAUGCAAUCCUCGGAAGCGCGCCAACCCAUGCCGACAUUCUCACCGUCACAGUUGCGAGGCCCACGAAUCAAAUAGUGACCUAACUUUGAAAGCAUUUAGGUGUCGAAAUAGGUGAAGAAAAGGACAGUAAAUGAUUGUCGUUUUUUUAAUUUCCUUUUAUAAGUAUAUACUUGACAAAAAUAUUUAUUUAUUAGUGAUAACGAUCAGAAAUAUAUUAAUUGUACAUUUGUUUCUUAAAAACCAUAUGGAUAUUUUAAAUCAUUGAGUGCUUCAUCAUGAAACCAAUGACAUGUGAAAUGUAUAUUUAGUAUUUACAAUAUAAUUAUGUAUAGUAAAAUAAUAAUAUAAAUUGUACAUAUUAGUGUUAUAAAAAACACAAUGGAAGCAGAUCCAAAUGGUGCUAUAGAUAAGUGACUGGUUAAGAAAAUGAAUGUAAAUAAAUAUUUAAUUAAAAUUAAA